GCUUCUAAGUCUAAAACCCUCAAAACUAUAUAUCAAUUUCUGGUACAUUACCACACGUAAAAAUGAUAGACGGAGGUGAUGUAUACAAGGUGGUGACGGCCAUGGCACCACUUUACGUAGCAUUAGGUUUAGGCUACGGGUCCGUGAAGUGGUGGCACAUGUUUAAACUUGAUCAAUGUGAUGCCAUAAACAGAUUCAAUUGUUACUUUAUCAUCCCAUUUUUUACCUUCGAGUUCACAGCUCACGUUAAUCCUUACACCAUGAAUCGUGGCUUCCUCAUAGCAGAUGUAAUCGCGAAAUUUAUCGUUGGAAUAGUUUUGGCCUUCUGGGUGAAUUUAAGUAAAAAAGCAAGCUUCGAUUGGUGUAUCACCACCUUUUCUUUAGCCAGUUUGAACAACACUCUUGUUCUUGGUGCCCCAUUGUUGAAAGCCAUGUACGGAGACUUGGGAGAAAAUCUUGUUGUUCAGUCAUCCGUUCUUCAAUCUCUUCUGUGGUUCAUUGCUUUGCUUAUUCUGUUGGAAUGGAGACAGGCAAGGUCCGAAGCUGUUGAUGCAAGGUCCAUGAAUGGAGAUUCACAUGCUGAAAUCGAGAUGGGAAGAGACUUGGAAGAAAGUUCCAGCGCACCAGCGGCGAUCCAGUCACCUUCUUUUCUGUCCGUACUGAACACUGUUCGGACUAAACUUGCCAAAAAUCCUAACUCUUAUGCCUGCAUUAUCGGCCUCAUCUGGGCUCUUGUUUCCAACAGGUGGCAUAUUAAGAUGCCGGAAAUAGUUGAAGGAUCAAUUUUGAUCAUGUCAAAAGCUGGGGCUGGUGUGGCUAUGUUUACCAUGGGGCUUUUCAUCGCAUGGCAAGAAAAAUUUAUAGCUUGUGGUGUGGGUUUAACUUUUUAUGGGAUGGUUUUAAGGUUUGUAGUUGGACCAGCACUUACCGCUGCUGGCUCUUUUGCCAUGGGUUUGCGUGGUGAUGUGCUACGCAUUGCAGUGAUCCAGGCACGAUCACUUAUAUUCCUUGCGAGAUUACCAACUCCACCAACACCACCAUCGUCAGAUCUCAGAGCAUCAAAUUCUUGAUUUGUCAAGUCCAUUCUACUGAGGGGUUAAUUGAAAGGAUGGAGCAAUUGCUCUUGGAUGCCACGCAAUCUCAUAAAUAUAGAACAGGACAAAUAAUAGUUUUUUGUUUACAUGAAAGCUAAAUUGGAAAGAAAGAUGCUUAUUCAUUCUCCACCCCUCCUUUUUCCCUUUUGGGGUCCAAUUAUAAAUUGCUGUCACCUUUAAUCUAUUGUUAUUCUUUAGUGGAUACCUUUUGAAACUUCUGCACUAUAUUCCAUGAUUCCCUUGAAGAUAAUAUAAGUAUUGGGUCAUCAGUUGUCCAACAUGAAAUUUUUGUCUUCUUUAUGGCACAAAAUAAAAAAAAGUAAAGCAAAGCGUAGGAGAAAGAAUUUGAGAGCUUUAAAGAACAAGAUUAAUUUAGGUAAUUCAACCUGUCAACCAACCUGUUUGAAGGAGUAUGCCCUAAAAUCAGGGAUUUUUAGGUACUAUGCACCUAAUUAAACCUCUUCCAUUGUAUAUGGUAGACAUCCUCUUUUUUUUCCCUUUUUUUUUUGCAUGUUGCUUUUAUUAAUCAAAUGUAUUAAUGCUGCUUUCUUUUCAUG